CACGAUGUAAACCAUUGAGUCCACCGGACGUCAUCAACCGAGAUAAUAAUGCUGAUGGAAGGCCAUUGUCGGCCGAUAGUCCCGGGGAAUCGUGACCCUCCCCCCGAUAAUGAUCUCACUGUAGUAUCAUUACGAUCUUGCUUGCUACAGUAUAUAUUAACCAUGAUGGCGCCACGAGGACUCGACGCUACUCUUACUCCCCAAGAAUUGUAAUUAUACAAUGGCAUCCGGACUGGCAUACCGCCUUGAUCGGCCCAGUCGGAAUUUUCUCGACAUCCACUCCGCGCCACGAAAGCGUUUCAAGAGCGCCGUGAAGCUUUACCGAGCCCGAUGUCAAAAGCCGCAACGACUGCAUAGCCCGCCGCCGCCGCUGCUGCAGCAACAUCCACAGCCUAUGUGGACCACACUACCGCUGGAGAUCGUUCGCAUGAUCUUCCUGAACCUCGACAUGGUCACCCUUGGCAACUUACGACUAGUCAACACCACGAUCCACCAACAAGUUGAUGCGGCUCUCUUUGAAUAUCGCCUUCUCCGAAAUCACGCAGCCGAGACCCUCCAAGCACUGGACCUGGCCCAAUGCACGCACUACUUCUCGAUCCAACAGCUGUAUCACGAGUUCUGCCACCCGGGGUGCCGGACCUGCGCCAACUUCGGCCCCUACCUCUACCUUCCGACCCUCUCCCGGGUGUGCUUUCCGUGCGUCCUGUGGCACGGCCGACACCGCGUCGCCUCCCUGGAGGACGUCCUGCAGUUCUACCGGCUGCCCCUCGAAGACUGGUGCCAUCUCCCGGUCAUCUACACCGCGUUUGACCUGCUGGGCAAAUAUCCGAUGUCGGAACGGAUGCUCAUCGACAUCACGCAGGCCGAAGCCCUGCACAAGCAGCGCGGCAGCCCCCCACCGCCGCGCGAGAGCUCCACGUACCGGAGCUAUUAUGGCUUGACCUUCCACUGCCGGCAGGCGUCCACGGUGGCCUUCCCCUACUGGGACCCGCACACCCGCGUGGCCGAGCCCGGGGCCUACUGCCUGGGGUGCACCGAUUUCUGGGAGCGAUCUCGCCCGAAACGCCGCGGGGCCCCAAAGACCUGGGAUGAGUACUAUGCAUGGGGCCCCGGGGUCAAUUGGCGGGGCCGCGAGGCGGUCGAGCGCGCAUUUCGGGUCCCCGAGCUGCGGCAACACUUCCGGACGUGUCCGCAUGUUGUCCGGCGGCGGCGGUUUGGAUACGAAGGGGAAGAGGUGAUGGAGAUGGCGCGGAGGUUUGACGCCCCGAUUGGGCGGGUCUUCCGGAUUCCGACUCCUCGUCGUCGUCGUCGUCGUCGUGAGGAUCGAGCUGCACUGAGACGGUCCGCACGGCUUCAGAAGAUGAGGGAGAGAAGAAAAGAAACAUGUUGA